AUGGGGAAUGCAGCUGAUAACAAGUUCACUUGGGUUAUUAAGGAUUUCUCCCCUUUGAAAUCUAUGCAAAUACAUUCUGAAAAAUUCGUGGUCGGUGGCUGCAAAUGGCGUCUUUUGGCCUAUACCAGUCAUGUGCUUAACAGUCGCACAACAUAUUUGUCUCUGUAUCUGGACGUUCCUGAUUCUGAAACUUUGCCUUUUGGAUGGAGAAGACACACGAAAUAUCGCCUCACUGUUGUGAAUCAACUGUCGGAGAAUCUCUCUCAAGUGAAAGAAUCUCAGCAAUGGUUUGAUCAAAGUAUUUCUGGUCAUCCAGAGAUAAUUCCCUUGAUCAAACUUUAUGACAAAGAUAGUGGAUUUCUGGUGAACGGAGAUCUAAAGAUUGUUGUUGAGAUAGACGUUCUUGAACUUAUUGGAAAUUUAGAUGUUUCUGUGAAAUCUCCAGAGGUAACCCAACCUCUAAAAAGGAUAACGCGAGAGGAUGCUGUGGUAUCGAAAUAUUUGGUCAAGGAAACUUCAUCAGUAAAGGAAAUCAUUGAUGUUCAAGUGCUUCCUUCACAGGUGGAAUUUGUUAGCCGUGUUUUUAAAAAAUACCCGGACAUUGCAUCACAACUCGGAGCAAAGAACGAAUCUCUGAGGACAGCAGGCAUGUAUGUCUUCCUCAGCCUAAUCAAGACAUUGUGCAAGUCUCUGCAAGAGCUCACCGACGAUGAUCUGAUAGAGGCAGACAAUGCUCUAACAUACCUGAAAUGUUCGGGAAUUAAGUUGGAUUGGUUGGAGCAGAAGCUGGAGGAAGUAAAGGAAACGAAGAAGCAAGAGCAGAUUGGUGAGUGUAGGAUGCAAGAAUUAGAUGAAGAUCUGAAUGGCGUUAAGCAGAAUUGCUCAGACAUUGAAGCCUUGUUAGAGAAAAAGAAGGAAGAACUGAAGAGCUUUAAGCAGAAGUGGUCAGACAUAGAAGCUCUUUUAGAGAAAGAGAAAGCAAAGGUGGUUGCUGCCAGAGCUCCUACUCUAACGUUAGAUGAAGUUGUCUGA